UCUGAGUCGAAACAGGGAUCUGUAGGAAUAAGACGGGUCUAUAUGGGCAAUAUAGCGUUUUGUGGAGAGAGAGGGGUUAGAGGAGGGACACUGUGGGGAGACCCACGGGGGCGAGAUUGGGAUGAUACGGAGGCCGUUGGAAGGAUGUGGGAUUCUAGCCGAUUGGAUAGGGAAUGAAGUGUUGUUGGGCAGGCCAUUGGCAGUGGUGUAGUAGGUUCAUGGGUGAGAUGUGAGGCUCUGGAUGAACCCACAGCCUUUGGGGGUUCAGAUGAAGAGACCCUGCAAAUGCCAAAGCCUUGAGGAACAAGAGAAGGAGGAUGCAGGCUUCUGCCACCAUUUCUCCACAAAGGAGAAGACCCCCCAGAUCUGUGUGGUGGGCAGUGGCCCAGCGGGCUUCUACACGGCCCAACACCUGCUAAAGAGGGUGGAAGCCUUGUGUUCUCAGCCCAAGGUCCUGAACUCUCCUGCUCUGUCUGGGGAAGGGGAGGACCUAGGGGCGUCCCAGCCUCUCUGCCCCACCAGCUGCCACCCUGUUCCCCAGCAGCACCCCCAGGCCCACGUGGACAUCUACGAGAAACAGCCCGUGCCCUUUGGCCUGGUGCGCUUUGGCGUGGCGCCCGAUCACCCCGAGGUGAAGAAUGUCAUCAACACAUUUACCCAGACGGCCCACUCUGGCCGCUGUGCCUUCUGGGGCAACGUGGAGGUGGGCAGGGACGUGACGGUGCCGGAGCUGCGGGAGGCCUACCAUGCUGUGGUGCUGAGCUACGGGGCAGAGGACUAUCGGGCCCUGGAAAUUCCUGGUGAGGAGCUGCCAGGUGUGUGCUCCGCCCGGGCCUUUGUGGGCUGGUACAACGGGCUUCCUGAGAACCAGGAGCUGGAGCCAGACCUGAGCUGUGACACAGCCGUGAUUCUGGGGCAGGGGAACGUGGCUCUGGACGUGGCCCGCAUCCUACUGACCCCACCCGAGCACCUGGAGAGAACAGACAUCACGAAGGCAGCCCUGGUUGUACUGAGGCAGAGUCGAGUGAAGACAGUGUGGCUAGUGGGCUGGCGUGGACCCCUGCAAGUGGCCUUCACCAUUAAGGAGCUUCGGGAGAUGAUUCAGUUACCGGGAGCCCGGCCCAUUUUGGAUCCUGCGGAUUUCUUGGGUCUCCAGGACAAGAUCAAAGAGGUCCCCCGCCCAAGGAAGCGGCUGACGGAACUGCUGCUUCGAACGGCCACAGAGAAGCCAGGGCCGGAGGAGGCUGCCCGCCAGGCAUCGGCCUCCCGUGCCUGGGGCCUCCGCUUUUUCCGAAGCCCCCAGCAGGUGCUGCCCUCACCAGAUGGGCGGCGGGCAGCAGGUGUCCGCCUAGCAGUCACUAGACUGGAGGGUGUCCAUGAGGCCACCCGUGCAGUGCCCACGGGAGACAUGGAAGACCUCCCUUGUGGGCUGGUGCUCAGCAGCAUUGACUAUAAGAGCCGCCCUGUCGACCCGAGCGUGCCCUUUGACUCCAAGCUUGGGGUCAUCCCCAAUGUGGAGGGCCGGGUUCUGGAUGUGCCAGGCCUCUACUGCAGCGGCUGGGUGAAGAGAGGACCUACAGGUGUCAUAGCCACAACCAUGACUGACAGCUUCCUCACCGGCCAGAUGCUGCUGCAGGACCUGAAGGCUGGGCUGCUGCCCUCUGGCCCCAGGCCUGGCUACGCAGCCAUCCAGGCCCUGCUCAGCAGCCGAGGGGUCCGGCCAGUCUCUUUCUCAGACUGGGAGAAGCUGGAUGCCGAGGAGGUGGCCCGGGGCCAGGGCACAGGGAAGCCCAGGGAGAAGCUGGUGGAUCCUCAGGAGAUGCUGCGCCUGCUGGGGCACUGAGCCCAGCCCCCGCCCCCGCCCCCAGCAGGGAAGGAGUGAGUGUUGGGAGGGGAAGGGCUGGGUCCGUCUGAGUGGGACUGUGCACCUCUGCUGAUCCCGGCCGGCCCUGGCUUGGAGGCUUGGCUGCUCUUCCAGCGUCUCUCCUCCCUCCUGGGGAAGGUCGCCCUUGCGCGCAAGGUUUUAGCUUUCAGCAACUGAGGUAACCUUAGGGACAGGUGGAGGUGUGGGCCGAUCUAACCCCUUACCCACCUCUCUACUGCUGGACUGUGGAGGGUCACCAGGUUGGGAACAUGCUGGAAAUAAAACAGCUGCAACCAAGGGC